AUGGACGGAGUCAAACAGGCACUUGGUGCCAUGUACUCGGGCGCGAGCCAGGAGGAUAAGAAAAAGGCAACGUCGCAUUUGGAAGAAUUCCAAAAAUCUGCCGCGGCCUGGCAGGUUUCUCAUGAUCUUCUUCUCAAUCCAAACGAGCCCAUGGAAUAUAAGAUGUUUGCAUCACAGACGCUAAAAGCAAAGGCCAUGUACGACUUGGGACAGGUACCUCAGGACCUGUUACCACAGCUCAAGGACUCUAUUUUGGAGCUUGUGGCAGCAUAUUCGGGAGAUAAUGACCGUCUUAUUCGUACACAGCUAUGCCUUACAUUGGCUCAUUUAUCCCUUCAGUACUUACAGUGGAACGGAGCCAUGAGUGAAAUAUCUGCUUACUUGUCGUCUAAGCCAGAUUACAUGCCCGCCUUGCUCGAAUUUUUCAAGGUUUUGCCUGAAGAAUUGUCGGAAUCAAAUAAGUCGGCAUUGACCGACGAGGAGUUCAACACCAGAUCAGCGGACCUCAUUACCCACAAUGUUGAGAAUGUGUUGUUGUUCUUGAAAAACGUCAUUGAGCAGAAGUCUGCUCCCAGCACUAUUGUCUUAGACUGUCUUAAUUCUUGGAUCAAGGAAUGCCCAGUGGAAAGCAUAUGCCAGGUGGACUUGUUUGUGCAAUUGAUCUUUGUUUCCAUCACCGAGGAGGCUACUUUCGAAAAGGCAGUUGACUGUCUCUGCUCCAUUUUGCGCGAGACCAGAGACAUUGAUAACUUUAACUUGGUUGAUGCCUUGUAUGGCCAGAUUUUGAAGAUCAACGAGUUUUACACCAGCCACCCUGACAGAUUAGAUGACCCCGACGUUGUCGAUGGUCUUACCAAGCUUUAUGUUGAGGCCGGAGAGCUGUGGCAUGUGUUGAUUGCUAAGAAUGCCGCUCAUUUCAAACCACUAGUCCAGAUCUUGCUCACCUGUUGUAAAUACGAGGAGGACUUGGACGUGGUCAAGUACACAUUUUACUUUUGGUACGAGCUUAAGCAGAUGAUCACUCUUCCGAAGUUCGAGGCCUCCAGAGUCGAAUUCCUGGACGUCUACUUGCAAUUGAUCGAGGUCAUAAUCAAGCAUCUUGCCUAUCCCGUUGGCACUAACGAGGACAACCUUUUCGAAGGAGACAAGGAACAAGAGGAUAAAUUUAAAGAGUUCAGGUACGAGAUGGGAGACGUCUUGAAGGACUGUUGUGCCGUUGUUGGUCCUCAAAAAGCGCUUAAUGUUCCCUUCCAUCAACUUCAGACACUCUUGUCGCAACAAAAUGCCCAUUGGCAGCACCUCGAGGCGUCGCUCUUCAGUAUGAGAGUGAUGGCAAAGGAGGUUUCGCUCAAAGAAAAGACAAUUCUACCUGCUAUCAUGCAAAUGCUCGUACAGUUACCAGAGCACCCCAAGCUCAGAUAUGCUGCUACCUUGGUUUUGGGUAGAUACUCCCAGUGGACAUCCAAGAACCCUGAAUUUCUUGAACCUCAGCUCAACUACAUCACUAAAGGCUUCCAGGGCGAUCUUGUCAACAGCUUAUCUGCUAGUGACAAAGAAUCGAUCUAUAAUGCUACUUGCCAGGCAUUGAUGUUCUUCUGUGAGGACUGUGCAUCUGAUCUUGUCAACUACCUCGAGCAGCUCUAUAUGUUGUACCAGCAGGUUCAUAACGAGCUCCAGACCAAAGCGCUCUAUGAUUUGAUGACCGGUUUGGCCCAUGUCAUGAAGAAGAUCCCCGAGCAGGACCAAUACAAGACCUGCCAGAUGUUCUUGGGUCCAACCGUGGAGAAGAUUAGACAAUUGGCAUCUGAGGGCUCUGUUCAAGACGAGAAUGUCAUUAAUGCAUUGCACGACGAAGCCGAGCUUCUCAGCAUCUGUAUUCGUGUGUUGAGGGCUCUGAACUUCGAAGCUCACGAGUACCCCGUGGCCAAAUUCUUCAUGGACUCUAUUUGGCCAGUCGUCGAGGCUGUUCUCGACAAAUUCAGCAUUUCUCUUCAUGUCAGCGAGAGCUUUGUGAAGCUCCUCAAAAACGCUUUGCAUAGUUGCAGCAUUUUCAUCUCGUCAGUGUUGCCUCUGAUAGCCAACGCCAUCCACAAGGGUUUCCAGGCCACCACGUUUGGAUGCUACUUGUAUGUUUCAGGUGCCAUGCUCAGAGAGUUCAGCGACGAGACAGUCAAUCCACAGAUCCAAGAAGCAGUAUACCAACUCGGCUUGGAGCAAAGCUCGUCAUUUUUUACGCUUCUUGAACAGAAGCCCGAGUCCAUCAGGGAAAUGCCUGAUGUUAUAGAGGACUUUUUCAACAUGUCGACGGAAUUGCUCAUGUUCUACCCCAACAAGACAAUUAGCAACGAGGGGCUCAUGAAAGUACAACCCCUAAUUGCAUGUGUGCAUUUCUUCAUUGACUACGUUUCGUGGGGAUCGCCUUAUCCACCCAUUUCGUUCUUUGACGAGGACCCCAAGCAGAUCCAGCAGUCUGUCAAGCAAUUCUUGGUUACCGGAGGCCAUGGCGAGCAGCUCAUCAAAGUUGUUCUUCAAGGGCUUAUUUUCAAAUUCUACAACGACGUCGAUGCUAACGAUCUUGUGAUCAAGAUCUUGACGGUGUCGCCCGACACAGAGCAAGCGGUCGGCUGGCUUCAGAAUGCAGCCAAAAGCCUCCCCAACGUUAGCGGGAAAGAGAUUGAAAAGUUGAUCGGGUCCAUCGGCGUGGCACUUCCGAACAAGGACAACAGAAGAGUCAGGAUGGCAGUCAGAGAUUUUGUCAGCUGGUACUCACGCAAAAACGUGAAUCUGAGAAGUACGUUUUAG